CUUCCGGUCCUUCCCGUUCGUCCUUCCGACAGAAAAAUCGGUGGUGCGGUCACAUAGAGUAUUUGUUCCCGCCAGGGUCGUCUUUGCCCGAGGCAGUGAAGCUCCGGGGGCUGGGGCCGCGCGGCCCCAGGGAAGCGCCCUCACUCAACCAUGGCCCGAAAUGCAGAAAAGGCCAUGACGGCCUUAGCAAGAUUUCGCCAAGCUCAACUGGAAGAGGGAAAAGUGAAGGAACGAAGACCCUUCCUUGCCUCAGAAUGUACUGAGCUGCCCAAAGCUGAGAAGUGGAGACGACAAAUCAUUGGAGAGAUCUCUAAAAAAGUGGCUCAAAUUCAGAAUGCUGGUUUAGGUGAAUUCCGAAUUCGUGACCUGAAUGAUGAAAUUAACAAACUGCUAAGAGAGAAAGGACACUGGGAAGUCCGGAUAAAGGAGCUGGGUGGUCCUGAUUAUGGAAAAGUUGGCCCUAAAAUGCUGGAUCAUGAAGGGAAAGAAGUCCCAGGAAAUCGAGGUUACAAGUACUUUGGAGCAGCGAAAGAUUUGCCUGGUGUCAGAGAGCUUUUUGAAAAAGAACCUCUUCCUCCUCCAAGAAAGACACGUGCCGAGCUCAUGAAAGCAAUCGAUUUUGAAUACUAUGGUUACCUCGAUGAAGAUGACGGUGUCAUCGUGCCUUUGGAACAGGAAUAUGAAAAGAAAUUCAGGGCCGGAUUGGUGGAAAAGUGGAAAGCAGAGCGAGAGGCCCGGCUGGCAAGAGGAGAAAAGGAGGAGGAGGAGGAAGAAGAGGAAGAGAUCAACAUAUAUGCUGUCACCGAGGAGGAGUCUGAUGAGGAAGGCAGCCAGGAGAAAGGAGGUGAAGACGGGCAGCAGAAGUUCAUCGCCCACGUCCCAGUGCCAUCCCAGCAAGAGAUUGAGGAGGCCCUUGUGCGGAGGAAGAAGAUGGAACUCCUCCAGAAGUAUGCUAGUGAGACCCUGCAGGCCCAGAGCGAAGAGGCCAAAAGACUUCUGGGCUACUAGGGCUGAGCUGGGACAUGCUCGGGGUCUGGAAAUCUGCCGGGAGGCCGUCAUCCCCCGCUGGCCCUUGGUGAGCCCAGUGGACUCUGCUGUCCUGGGAUUGCAGACGGGCUGGCUCGUGCUGCGAGUCUUCCUGCUACUUCCCCUACCUUUUCUAACCCCCUCUCCUGAUCUGAAGGGACGGGCUGCUGUGCCUCCCCGGCAGGCUGUCUGUGCUGAACCCUCAGCUGUCACUUUUGUACAAAUGUUUGCUAUUGUAGGAACCCAUUUAUUUUUAUCUAGAGUGUGUAAAACAGGCUGCCUAUGUUUUACUUAGCUUUCUACUGUCAUUCGCUGGGGAGGGAAGUCAACUUAUGACUACCAUUAAAAAGAUGGCAGUUUUUCCUAAAAAGACAUAUUGCUACCUCCUCUUGAAAAAUGAGAAAAUGUGUCAACCCUGGGCCCACAGUCCCACGUGUCAGCCGCCAGCCCGAGCUGUUCCUUUUGGGUCGGGUACUACUCCAAGUUCUCCAUGGCCCACUCAGCCUGCCUCAUUCCCUCCUGCCCAGGUGGCAGGAAUUUCAGUUUGAUACUUCUGUUUUAUGACUCGUUCUGAAGAGAGCUAUUUUUAUUAAAGAUUUUUUAUAUGCAAGGGCAA